ACUUGAAUGUCAUAUCUAGUAAAUUUAUUGAGUUAAUCUUUGAGAUUUUAGAGAAAAUAGAUUUUUCAGAUUUAAAAGACCUACAUAAUAAUGGCAUCAAUUUGCGGUCGGCUUAUUUUAAGAAAUACACGUCGAGAAUUUUCGACUAAAACACCAUGUCUUUCUGGCUGGUUCUGGGGACCUAAGUAUAUGCCUGAUCCUGUUGAACACGCCCAGGGAUUGGAAAAGAAAGAAUUGCUGGCCCAUUUAUCCGGCAACGAUGAUCCUUUCAUGUCGAAAGCCCUAAUAAGACACGAUAAUUCUAAGGAUCGUCCAAUUAUGGUUCCAAGUGCUUUUGAUAGUCGUAUGAUCGGAUGUAUUUGUGAAGAAGAUCAAACUUACAUUUGUUGGAUGUGGUUGCAUGCAGGAAAUCCAAGACGUUGUGAAUGUGGACAUUGGUUUAAAUUACAAAAGAAAACACCAAUUACAGCUGAUUAAAAUUGAUAAGAUAGUAGAUCGCUUAAAAAUUCAUCUUGAAUUUAGUUCAACUUUAUUUACGUAUUCAAAUCAAAAAAUAUUAAUAAGUCAAUAAGUCCUGAUGUGAAUGUAGUAAGUAAAGUUAAACUUUAUUUUUGAAUCAAGUUGCAUUAUCUUUAUUCCAACCGUACGGUUGAAAAAACAAAGAAAAUAAAGUUACUCAUCGUUAAUAGUAAUGUAUAUAAUUUUUCCUAUAAAUAAAACCAAUCGAAGGAUAAUUUA